CGAGGAAUGUUUAAGAGACACGCCAAAAUUUCGAUCCUGUAUCGAGGAAGCAGAGGCAAACGUUGAUUUACUCGAACAAAAAUUAGACAAGGUGUUAAAAAACUGUUGCCAAAUGAUUGACACUGGAAAGCUUUUUAUAGGACAACAAAGGUAUGUUGUAACAUAUACAAUAGUUUAUGUGUAAUUUCUAGAACAAUAGAACCUACUAUGACAAGUUGGAGUUAUGUCAUAAUUGAAGGAGAAAUAUAAAUUUAAAUGGAGCUAUAAAAAUGUAGUUUGAUUGAAUAAUGUGCAUAUAAUUGAAAAAACAUUGAUUAGUUUAAAUGAAUUGUGUUUAAUAAUAAAAAGGAAGAGGGAGAUUCCAAGCAAUAUAGAAGAGUCAGGAAACACAUGAAUUACAGCUCUGUUGGGAAUGACUCAUUCAUAUGCCAAUUUGCCAAUAGUCUUUGGGAGUUAUCUCUGUACUUCAAUGAUGAUUCAGAGAUAAUGGCCUUACUGAACAAGUUAAUCCAUGCUUUGCAAGAAAUGAACAAGUUUCAUACUAUUUUAUUAGAUCAAGCAUCUAGAACUGUAAUUAAAGAUCUUAAUUCUUUCAUUAAAAGUGAUAUCAGGAGGGUGAAAGAAUCUCGUCAUUAUUUCGAAAAAAUAUCUGCGGAUCUAGAUAUAGCAUUAAACAGAAAUUCACAAGUUCCAAAGUCUAGACCUGCAGAAUAUGAAGAAACAUCAAAUAUUUUAUCAGCCACGCGAUCAUGUUUCCGACACACCGCUUUGGACUAUAUUCAUUCAUUGACAAUGAUACAGGCACGAAAACGGCACGAGAUAUUGGGUACUCUACUUAAUUACAUGAAUGCAUGUAUUACUUAUUACCAUCAAGGCAGUGAUCUCGCACAAGAUUUGGAUCCAUUUCUAAAGGACCUUGGAGACAAUUUGAUUCAAAUGAGGACUGACUCUGUUAAACUCGAAAAAGAAAUGGAAAAUCGGCAUAUUUACGUAACAAACAGAGACUUAAUACCCUCUCCCAUACCUGGCAAUCCUCGGAUGGAAGGGUAUCUUUUUAAACGUACGAGUAACGCGUUUAAAACAUGGAAUAGAAGGUGGUUCUGUUUAAGAGACCACCAAUUAGUAUACAAAAAAAGAACUGGUGAUAAUGAUUUUACAAUUAUGGAAGAAGAUCUUCGUCUCUGCACUGUGAAACCAGUGGUUGACUGUGAUAGAAGGAAUUGUUUUGAAGUAUUAAGUCCUACCAAAAGUCACAUAUUACAAGCUGAUAGCGAAGAAGCGUACUUAGCAUGGGUAACUGCCAUGCAGCAAGCAAUUGGUGCUGCCAUUCAAAGAGGCAUGGGUGCUGGUACUAUAAUUAGUAUACGAGAUUCGCAAUCACAGAGUAACAGAGGAUCGAGUAGACCUUUGUCGAAACCUAAAUCAAGAGUGUGGGAACAGAUCUUAAAGAUCCCUGGAAAUGAUAGUUGCUGUGAUUGUGGCGGUGCUAAUCCAAGGUGGGCCAGUAUCAACCUUGGAAUUACCCUUUGCAUAGAAUGUUCUGGGGUGCACAGAAGCUUGGGUGUUCACUACAGCAAAGUUCGAUCUCUCACCUUAGACGACUGGGAGCCAGAGAUAUUAAAAGUAAUGGCAGAGCUCGGAAACACUGUAGUGAAUAAUGUUUACGAGGCUCUGCCGAUUCCCUCGAAUAUUAUUAGGGCUACACCGAAAUGCAACGGCAACAUACGCGAAGCUUGGAUAAGAGCAAAGUAUGUAGACCGUAAAUUCGUGAAGCCUUUGAGCAAUAUGAUUUCCUGCGGUCAGCACGCGAGCCGUGACAAAAUGCACUUUCGCAAAUGGAGCGUGCGUAAGCUUCGUCGCCGGCCGCGAAGCUGCGACAAAAUUGAUAGUAUUAAUCGUAAUAAAACGACACUAUCUUCCGUGAAAGAAGGUCAUCAUUCGACAAGUUCGGAUGAGAGCAAGCAUACGUCAAUCGAAAGUUUAAGUUCCGUUGAUAAGGCGAAGAAAACUGAACGUAGUUCCUUAAGCUCGGAUGAUAGUACGAACCUAGAUCUGAAAAAUGAUUCUACACUGUACGGGAAGAUAUUAGUACGACCAACGAGCGAAUUGAAUGAUUCCAAAGUUACUGAUAGCAAUACAGAAUCGAAUACUGAAAACGAGCAAAAGAUUCCCGAGAUGCAUGACAAUACAAUAGCCACGAGCGACUCGGAGAAUAAUCUGUCGAUGAAAAGCGAAGUGUCCUUAAGCACAGAGAUAUCCGAUACGAAAGAGACGUCCGAGAAUAAAGACGUCGGAACGGAGAAGCAAUGUACAGAAAAGAUGGAGUUCGAGGUGCUGAUGUUCGGAUGCGAUUUACCAAAGCCAACGAUCGAUAAUAGCUUAGAAUUAAGUUCGGAUCAAGACUCGACUGCCGGCGAGGAUGAAGAAUUCACAGACGAGGAGGACAUAGAAAAUCUGCAUCCCGAGAUGCUACUUUAUAAAGCGGCUGCAGCGCACAAUCUCCCUGUGAUGUGUGCUGCUUUAGCAGCAGGUGCUGAUAAAUUAUGGACGAAUGUUAACGAUAGGGGACGUAAUGCGCUGCACCAAGCCAUUAUAAGCGGUUCUGUGAUGUCCUGUGAAUAUCUCAUUCUUAAUGGAGCGCGUAUCAAUUGUCAGGAUGCCGAUGGGAAGACACCAUUAUAUUUGGCCACAGAAUUAGGCCAUACUGCCCAAGUGUGUUUACUUUUAAAGCAUCGCGCUGAUCAGCAUAUUCAUGACGAAAGUGGCGUAAAACCUUUGUCGAUAGCCGUGAGGGAAGCCAACGCGGAUAUUGUUACAUUAUUGCGGCUCGGUCUCCUGAACGAAGAAAUGAAGGAUUCGGAGAUCGGAAUAAGCGGCGACGAGACUUUCAACGACGUGGUCCGCGAUUUUAGCCAAUUAGCAUGCUCUCAUCCGGAACGAUUGCAACGACGAAAUGAAAGUAACAACGCAUCGCAACCGCCCGAAUGAGGUUUAAGGGCGUGCAAGAUUUAUUUGCGAAAUCUCCGGAGCAGACUACAACCGACAGAGAAGAUGAGGAAUGGUACAUCGAAAAUGUCUUUCAGUUCCUUGCAGGGUAAUAGAGUUGAUUACGAAUAACCGGGUAAGUAUGAAGUUUAAAGCUUUAUCAUUGAACGGAGAUUGUUAUUAUGAAAGUUAUGCAUCUUUCUACGCUUUCAUCUCUGCGUGAAGUUGAAUUGAAAUUUUAUUAGCGUUUUGUAUUUCUCUACUUAAAAAAAUGAAAAAUUCUAAGGAAUUUAUAUUUUGCGAUAUGAAAUUUUCGUAUGCUUUCCUUCUGGUUUUCCUCUUUAACUUACAGAAAAGAAAUAAUUGAAAAAAAAAAAAUAUAUAUCUUUACAUCGCGUGCUUUAUACAUUGCAUAAUGUAAAUGUAACUUGGAAUUUGUAAAACGUUUUGCAAACGCGCAUAGCAAAGUAUACAUUUGUAUUAUCAAAUAUUUGUAUAUCGUUUAUGUGAUAUUACAAACGUGACAAAGUAGUUUUUAACUCUGUUGUACGAGAAAGAUUUUACCAAUAGCCGACACGUUUUCGAGAUAACAAUGGUCUAGCAAGAUGUCUUCGAAGCAACAAUUUUAUACAUGUAUCUGUUUUUAUAUACUUAAUAUUACCAGUAGUGUAUAUACAACUGGCACUAAGGUAACUUUCUUUGUUUCUUUAAUUAAAUGUAGUAGCCUGAUGCUAUGUAAUUAGUAUCAAACCGAACUAGGACAUUAUAGUUACAUAUAGUUAUGUAGUUUAUCUAGGGAAGUUAUACGUAUAAAUAGUUGUAAAUUACACCAACAGAAAAGAAAAAAAAUCUGAAAAAAAAAAGAAUAUGAUCGUAGUUCCGUAUAAUCUAUACCACAUUGAUAUGAUUCGUGUAACGAAUUUGUUGCCAAAAAUUGAAACCGUUUGUACCUAAAGCAUAUACGUAUAUCGGGAUAACUAUUCGAUGUUGAUUCUUGAACAAAUAUUUUAUUUUCAAGAAUCGUUUAGAAUUUAAAAUACAUAAUUAUACGAAGAUCUUUGUGUAUGUAGAAUUCAUUUUCUGAAUGACAAAUUCCAUUUCUUUCUUCGCUGUGUUUUAUGCAUUUAACCGGACAAUUUAGCAUUCUUUUCGUGAUUUAUACAACGAACAAGUACACUGACUCACGAAAGUAUUCAAAAUCAUGCAAGUGAUUGAUAUAUUACACAAUUCGGAUACUUUCGUGUACCUGUGUACAUGGUACUCUUCACGAAUACUUCAGUAUCAUGUUAACUACUUUAAACAGUAUUUGUAUAAAAUAUUAUAGCAUAAUGCAUGAUUCUUUUUUAGUCUACUCGAGUAAAGACGUAUUAAUCAUUGUUACAAAUAUUUUUCAUUGUUUAUGCGGUAGAGAGGCUUUACCGAUAGCUGCGAUUUAAGGUACAAAGUCGUAUCGUAUUGACCCUUCUAGGACGUUUAUUUCAACGAGAUUUAUAACAGAUUGCGGUAUGAUUUUCGAAUUCCAUAUAUUUUUUUAUUCGAUGUUACAUGCCAUAGUUUGUCCUUCGAAUCUGGUAUUCGAUUCUCUUUUUUUUUUAAUUAAGCAACAUGACGAUGACGUAAGCAUAACUAGGUAUAAAAAUUAGAUACUCAUUGUUGAUUAGCGACAAGAUUCGUCUUCGAUUUAACUUUUACUGUACGCGUUUAGUAUGUUACUUUAUACUUGAACAAUUUAUACAGGAUAUCUCAUAGAACUGGGCAAAAAUUUCAUUAGAAAAUCAAAUGAAAUAUCGGGCGAUAUAUGUGUUGGUACCGGAAGUGGAGGCAUUUCAGAAAUUUUAAGGUCAAUUAAUUGAAAAAAUAUUUUAGGUAGAAACAGGGCUAUGGGACACCCUGUACAUAGUGUAAAAAAGUAACUUUAGAAUUAACUUGUUAUUUUUGAAACUUCGUUUCUUCUCCUUACAAAUAUAUUUGAAACUUUCAAUCGAACGAGAUAUUGAUGUCUAGUACUUCUAUUUUGUACUUAUAUUUUUUUAUAUAUGUUUUAUACGUAUGAUUGACGAGAAAAAUAAAGGAAGCUAGAAAACACACGCAGGUCUUCCAGAAUGGAGCUUCGCUUAUUCUAAGAACACGAUGGUAUCGUUUGAAAUUUGCUUCUAUGUAAAAUGAUCUUUUUCCAAUUAUUGUACGACGCGAUGUUUUCUUCGUUGUUACGUUUUAUCGAUUCGUUUGAAAAAUCAUUGCCAGUUACUGCCUAACUGUGAAAUGUUGUUGCAAUAAUUCCGUACACAUAAUGUAUGUCUAUAAACAAGUUGAACAAAUAGUAUGGUUUCACUGUUACGCGUGAUUACAACAAAAAUUGUAAACAAUUUAACUAAUGUAUCAUACUGUACACAAAGUUUACGUCAUAAAACAGCGAUUACGCAAAUA